AUGUCGAAAAGUGCUCAAGUUGCUUCCAAAUUACAUGCGGUUACACAGAUACGAAGUGGUAUUGGUCGGCCAUAUUGGGAGAAAAGAACGUUAAAGGCAUUGGGAUUAAAUAAGAUCAAUAAAACUGUCGUCCAUAAAAAUACUCCAACAAUUAAUGGUAUGAUUCAUACAGUUCAUCGAUUAGUUAAGGUCCAACCUGUGAAAAUUAUUGAAGGUCAAGCAGUUAUCAAUGGUCAAGCAAGAAUUGGUCCUUUGUUAUGUAGCAAUGGUAAAGCGAAAAAUGAGAUAGCUGCCAUGAUAUUUGCUUUGGAUUAUCAGACUAGCGAUAAAUUAUGGAAAAAAAAAUGGUUUACGGAUGAAGCAUACUCGAAUGCCACUACGAAUACUAAAAUUGGCUUCGAUAAAUAUGUCGACUGUAAUCCGCAUGUGACAAAUAAGCCAACUAAUACGUAUAAUACAAUUAUUUCCGAUGUAUAG